AUGGCGGCUCGCACGUUGAGUAUGGACAAGAUACUGAGAUCUCUUGUUGGUGUAGGAAUCGGAGGACUGAUUAUUGUCAGGGGCUCAGCUGAGUUAUUUCCGCAUCUUUAUAAGCAAAUCUAUGGCCUUAAAGAUGAAAAAGGUGCGUUUAUCGCAGUACCCGAUCGUUGUCGAGAACAACUGGAUGUGGUCGCCGAAAGAUAUGGUGUUAAAAAUGUGAACAAUGUUAACUUGUUUAUCUAUCGAGGUUUCCAUGGUAUUUCACUUGGAUCAUCUUUACUUCCCGCUGGAGCUGUAAUAGGUUUACCAAGGUGGUAUUUGUUUCAGAGUGAAGAAGAUAUUCGUAACUCCGGCCUUAAAUUCGGAAAAACAGUUGGUUGGGACUCUGAAUUUGCUUGAGUGACUUGUUCAAGUGGAAGCAGAGUGAUGGCAGCUGAGAGAAAGAGGAGUAGGAAUAACUUUUGGCUUCUCAGUAAGGAGUCAUCUUUGAGAUUAGAGUCGCCUACCCAAGCUAGACAUUUGACUUUACUUGAGAUGUCAUUAUCAGUGUUGUAAUAAUUUUAAGAAAAAGGGUUCAUGUCAUGGAUUUUAACUGAUGUGUUGUGCCCUUAUCAAGACACUCUCAAGAUCCGCUUAUGUUGUUAAGGGUGUUAAGUAACAGGUUCACAUACAUUUUCUACAGUCAAUAUUAUUGUAAUGGCUAUCAGGUUUCAAUCACCCUUUUAACAUUUAAAUUGUAAGUUUUAGUUAUUAUUUAUAAUUUCUGUCAAUUUGUAUUGUUAAUCAGGGCUACACAUGACAGAAAUUUAAAAAUUUUUUUUUUGCCUCUAAGUACUCACCCCUUUCCUCUUCUGUUGAUUUUAUAAACCUAACACACUCUUCUAGCAUUACUGACUUUUUACUAGAGAAAAAUCCCAAAUUGCAUCUCCUGUGAUGAU